AUGGACGACGAAGAGGACGAUUUCUACGAUCCGGCGGAUACCGUCCCGGUUCAGGCGCAGAAUUCCGCACAGGAUGCUGGCCAGCCGCAGGACAACCACGAGAUGGAUGAGGAGGAAGAGGUAGAGGAGGAAGACGACGAGGACGAUUUCAACAUUAUCACAGAGGCCCCUGCCGAUGCGCCGCCUCCAGAAGUCUCCCAUCCACGCCAUGCAAGCUUACGACAAGAACCGCAACGACCCUCUUCUGCCGAUUCAUUGGUCUCCAAAUCUGCCACACCCUCCGCAGCUCCCCGGCAGGGGUCGCACACCCCCGUUCCUGCCACCGCGACAAUCGCCAAACCCACCACCCCCCAAAAACCGGGGUCCGCCUAUCCGGCCAUCCACACCUCCACCAUCGAUGUCAACGGCAACCCCGUGCACCCGACAACGGGCAAGCCAAUCAUGUCCAGCGACAUGGACACCGACUUCCCAACGGACGACAAGCCCUGGCGCCGGCCCGGGGUCGACAUGACGGACUACUUCAACUACGGGUUCGACGAAUUCACGUGGGCGAGCUACUGCAUCAAGCAACAAGAGGUGCGCGGCGAGGUCGGCGGCCAGAAGAAGCAAUUGGAUGAUAUGCAGGCCUUUAUGACGAUGGGCAUGCCCCAGAUGCCCGGCGCACCCCCCGGGGCGCCGGGUGGUGGUGCGCCGGCGGCGAUGCCGGGGAUGCCGGGGAUGGACAUGUCGCCGGAUAUGAUGCAGGGGAUGCUGGCGUCGAUGAUGGCACAGGGCUUAGACCCGUCAUCUAUGGAUCCCAUGUCGUUUAUGCAGCAUGCGCAAGCCAUGAUGGGCGGGCAGGGUGGUGGUCAACAGGCGCCGCAGGGCUUCGGGCAGGGUGGACAGGCGCAGAUGGGCUAUGGCGGCGGCGGUUCUGUGUUUUCCGUCCUUCGCAACAUCAAGAGCCUCGCGCCCCUCCUCGACCGCGUCCUGGUCCAGCGCAUCAAGCCCGAGGCCAAGACCGCCUCCGGCAUCUUCCUCCCCGAGAGCAGCGUCAAGGAGCAGAACGAGGCUCAGGUCCUCGCCGUCGGCCCCGGUGCCGUCAACAAGGAUGGCCAGCGGAUUCCCAUGGGUGUGGCGCCUGGCGACAAGGUUUUGAUUCCUCAGUUCGGUGGAAACGCGAUCAAGGUCGGCGAGGAGGAGUACACCCUCUUCCGGGACCACGACAUCCUGGCCAAGAUCAAGGAGUAA